CAUUUUGUAUUAUUAUUUGACUAUAUAUAUAGGGCUCUACUCUUAGUUUGAGUAUCUCUUUUUCACUCACAUCUAUCUCAAGUAAGGUUAUUAGUGAAAGAUGUCGCAAUUAGGUGUUACUUUAUGAUGUGGCUUAUUCUGUGGGAGUUAUAGAAAUUAGUUCAACUUUUGUCGAUACUUGCUAUGUAGUUGAAGAAUUUUUUGUUGGUUAGUUGGCGAAGGCGACAUGGGUCAAUCAUUUUAUGUUAGCAUACUUGGCUGAAUGAAUGAGAUGUUCUAAAAGGUUGCAGUCCUUUAUUCAUGUCUGCAACUUGGCACUCUAGUAAAAUGGCUAAAAUGUGAAACAUGAUGUUCUCUAUUCAUUCUGCAUUAUUGGAGACCUCCUUAUCUUUGUUCUUGUUGUCCAUUAGAUCUUAGAUAUUUUUAAUCCUUUUAAGGCAACUUUUUUGGGCAAGUCUUUUAGUACAACUUACUGCCUGAUAUAGUAACUGCUUUGGAGGGUUACCGAAUCCAAAUAUUAAUUGCCAAAGGAACUUUCAACCUUCAGCCACAUGGCUAGAUUGCGUCAUUAUAAAUGUUUUCCCUAAACUCAGAUGUUAACAAACAUUCAGGUUCCACGUCAACUUUUGUUGCGUUGCAGCAAUAACACGAAAGAUGCAACAGAGUAACAACUACCUUCCUAUGGUCAGAAAUAUGUUUGGGACAUUGUGCUGCAGGUUUAGAUGCUUUAAAGUAGUGAAUGAUAGAUAGACAUAUUGGCCAUGCUUGUCACCAGAGUAUCAUUGAAUUCUUGUUUGUUUGGCACUUGAUGACUUUAGGUUCAUUAGGUUUUAAGUUGCCAUGGACCAUAUUAUGACAGCUGUCUUUUGAUUGUUCUAAAUUCUGCUCUGACCUAAUUUGCAUUUGGCACUAGCCCAAAAAUACCUAUUAAGUAGUCAAAAUAAAUUGUUGAUGAGAAAAGCUCAUAUGUUCACUCGAAAUGUCAUUGGUAAUAAAAUAGGAAAAUGUUAAAAAUUAUCUAUUUGAUAAUUGAACUUCACUGUAAGUCUAUUGUUACUAAUUUGUGCACAGCCCUAACAUGAGGGAGCUUCAACCUCUAAAUUUUGUAUCUAGUCCUGGUCUUAGUGGCCCUCCUCUUGCUUCCAGCUAUUUUGGCCCCCGUCUCCUCUUAUCACUUUUUGAUGUUUUCCUGGGAAGCCUUCUUCUCAUUCUGAAACUUCAUCCACUGUUUAUGUCAUCUUGUGGCCUUUGGGAAAAACUUUUCUACUUUCUGGUGUUAUUCGUAGGCUUUGGCCCCCGUAUCUUAUAUCAGGUUCCUGUAGCUCCUCUGCAGGGGAGUGAUGGCCCGCCCUUUUUCAAUCAGACUUGGCAGAAUGAAUCUCCUGGGAUUGCUGACCUUCCUCCUGAUCGAGGAAUACCUACUUUGAUAACAUGGAAUUAUGGUGGUAAUGAUGUGGCUGUGGAGGGAUCCUGGGACAACUGGAGGUCAAGGAAGCCACUGCAAAGAUCAGGUAAGGAUCACUCCAUUCUCUUGGUCCUGCCAUCGGGCAUAUACCAUUACAAGUUCAUUGUGGAUGGUGAAUUGAGAUAUAUCCCAGAUCUUCCUUCCACAGCUAACGAAAUGGGUCAUGCUUGUAAUCUUCUUGAUGUCCAUGAUUAUGUACCAGAGAACCUUGAAAGUGUGGGAGAGUUUGAGGCCCCACCAUCUCCAGACUCCAGCUAUAGUCAAGUUUUCCCAGCUGAGGAAGACUUUGCAAAGGAGCCAGUGGUAGUUCCACCUCAGCUCCAUCUAACUGUUCUUGGUCCUGAGAACUCAGAUGAAGCCUCCUCUUCUUCAAAACCACAGCAUGUGGUGCUUAACCACCUUUUUAUAGAGAAAGGAUGGGCAUCCCAAUCUGUGGUUGCUCUAGGUCUCAGCCAUAGAUUCCAGUCGAAGUAUGUAACUGUUGUCCUCUAUAAGCCGCUCCAAAGGUGACCACUUCUUUUACAUGCUAAACUCUAUAAAAGAUAAAGUCUGCUUUUGAACUCAGUUUUGUGAAUGCACCUGUGAAUAGAACUGCUCAAGGUUUAACUUCAAUACAUCUGUAUUCUGUUGUACAUACUGUACUCUAAAUUUUUAAGCAUUUCAAUGGUUG